AUGUCCGUCCCACGUCUCUCCCGGUCCCUUGCUCGACUGCCUCUCCUUGAUGCGGCACAUGUGUCUUGCUCUCGCUAUAGCGUCACCAUCCGAAGUCUAGCUACCGAGGUUCCCUCCAGUGCACUGGACGACUCGCCUUCGUCGUACACUUCCCGCACUCCUGCCGUCGACCAGAGGAAAUUGACGCAUCUGAAGCGUCGGACUCGGGGCGGUCAGAAUCUUACAAAGCGGUUCAAACGUUUGGAGCGCGCAGUCCGCGGGAAGGCUUCCUAUGGACGUGAUAUCCAAGAGCUCGAACGGUCCAGCGCUGUGCCGGACCCUGCACCAUACACAGAGGAGGAAAGCACCCAGCAGGCAAGCUCAAGGACAGAUACAGGUGCAGGGACCAACACGCGGCGUAUAUUCCGAGGUUUCUUUGUGCCGGAACCCCCCAAGCCACCUGCAGACGAUGAAUGCUGCAUGUCCGGCUGCGCAGUCUGUGUAUACGACCUUUACGAUGAAGCUCGACAAGACUAUAUACAAGCCAUUGACACGCUUCGCGCUGAGCUGAGCAAGCAGGGCGUCGAGAAGAGCGAGUGGCCUGCCGACAUACGAGGAGACGUGCGGGAUAGUGACCCGACUCCUGCACCGAGGUCGAGUGCAAGUGUCACCCUUAGUGCAUUCGAACAACUUGAGCUGGCACUCAAAGCGAAGCGUGAGAGGGACACGUCCAGAUCAAGCACGAACGUCGCCCAAGUAGGCAGCGAGGGUUAG